AGCUCACCACGAAUAGUUUAUCACCUCACACACGAGAAUCUGUCGAAUCAACUUAUUCCUGUAUUUUCAUGCCUAUGAAAUAUUAGAUUGAAGAGUGCGACUAGUUUUGGGCUUGCUGAGAAUGCUAAUGAAGCAGACACAACGAAAAGUUGCCACGUCGUGUCGUGAUGGUGUCGUACGCGAACAUGCGUGAAUGAGCAAACACUAUUGUGCCUUGAAAGGAAAGUGUACUUUUAUUGAAGCUUCAAAACGAUGUUAUCGUAUUUUAAAAACUUUUAAUUAAAAUUGUAUUGCGCCGAACUGAAAUAUGCUUAAUUAUGUAACUAUUACAUAUUAAAAAUCGAAAAAAUCAUUAUUCCUAAGAAAACUAUAUAUUUAUAACGACACAGGAUGUGCCUUGAUAUUUAGUUAUGAUUUUGCGGCACCAAAGAGGGGGACAUUUAAUAAGUUCGGCACCAUUUAAAUAUAGAUGUUUCACCACAUUUUUCACCUUAUCUUUAAACAUCUUUCGUCACUUUCUGCCGCAAAACGGAAACCUAAUAAAGUUAGAAAAAAAUGUAUCCAAAAUCACCUUUUCAACGUAACACACUUGUUGAGUCCCAAAUUCUUAAACGGAAUCCCACGCAGAUAGCAGAGUUGAUGAGUUGGUUAUGCCGGCCGCCAACUAUUACGACAUAUCGCAUAAAUGUGCUACGCACGACGGUUCCAGCGUUCAAGCAGAGACUACAACAAGUGCUACGUGACCGAUAUGCGCAGCCACCUAAAGUUUAUGAAAUUGCCAGCAUUCCAGAGGUUCUUAGCAUAUCGCCCAUACCAGUCAGUAUUCCGGAUAUGACGCAAAAGCAAUCAGAAUUACAAAGAGAAGUUGUGGUAGAUAGCUGUUGUGGUGCAGCUCUACUACGUGGCGCUCAUCUAUAUGCGCCUGGUGUACUUGCCAUGGAAGCGGGCACCAAAUUGGGUGAGCAGGUUUCGGUGUACGCCGAUUUGGCGGGCAAGUGUAAACAAGGCACAAAUACGCGUUACGACUCGCCAGAUAAACUUUUUUUGGGUGUGGGCGUCGUACGCAUGCAACGGCAUCAGAUUUUUGGACCUUCAACUAAGUUUGGGGAUUCCAAUGACAGCGCGCCGACUGAGCGGUUGAAAGGAGUGGCGGUGGAGAUGAUCGAAACUACGUCCGGGGUACCCACCAUUGGCGACUUGAGUUGCAGUGAUGCGCUACUGCAGAACUUGCCAUCCAUUGUAUGUGUACGGGUGCUGAAGCCCCAGCCUGGUGAACGUGUGCUCGAUAUGUGUGCCGCUCCCGGAAAUAAAACAACACAUAUUGCAGAGAUGAUGGAUGAUCACGGCGAAAUUAUAGCUCUGGAUAAGGUAGCCAACAAAAUCGCUGUUAUGCAAGAAAAGAUAAGAGGUGAAGGCUUGAAGAGUAUACGCGCUUAUGCCUUCGAUGCUACGAAAGCCUUCGAUACAUCUAUUCCUGCAAAAAAUACUAAAAUUUUACAAUCGCCGCCUUUUGCGGCGAAUACGUUUGAUAAAAUCUUGCUUGAUGCACCCUGCAGCGCUUUGGGCAACAGACCGUUUCUGAUAGCAUCAUCCAAUAUGACGCCCCAAAUGCUGGCGUCAUAUCCAAAAGUACAGCGAAGGUUAUUUUCAGCAGCAGUUCCGCUCCUCAAACCGAACGGUGUGUUGGUUUACAGCACUUGCACAGUCACCGAAGAAGAGAAUGAGUGCAUCGUGAGUUGGGUGCUUGAAACAUUUCCGCAGAUGCGACUAGUUGCCGCUGUUCCUCGUUUAGGCGAAAGCGGCCUUGAGCACACAGGUCUCAAUAAUGAUGAAAGGCAGUAUGUACAACGGUUUAUCCAUAACGUCAAAGAAACCGGAAGAGUGCCCAUUGACACUGUGGGAUUUUUCAUAGCAAAAUUCAUAAAGCAGUGUUGAAAUGAUGUGCAUGGCGUUUAAAAAUCUUCGAUCUAAUUUCUUUAAAAUACAUAAGACAGACGCUUUUAAUUCUCAAUAUAAGUUGUUUAUUCUAGUUUGCAUUUAUUUAGUUAUUCGUUAAGUAUAUUCAUACAUAAUGAAAUGUUCAGCUAUAAACAUACAUACAAUAAAAAUGUAUAUAAUUAUAGAUACCAAUGAAAGUUGAACGCUUACAUGCACAUCUCUAAAAAGCCAAAGAAAAUUUUUAAUUCAUAAUUCACAAAAUUACAAUAUUUUUUAAAGGAUCAAAUCCAUAAAAAAUUAUAGUAAAAUACUAUUAUGCUUUAUAACAAAACUUAUAGGGCAAUAUAAUAAAAUACGUUCUUAAAAAUUA